AUGAAUCAUCAGACGAUCAAUCAACAGCUUCACGGGUUGUUGGUGAAGCUGCACCAGCUGGGUCAGGACCACCCGCAGGUCCUGAUCUACCUGACGCAGAUCGCUCAGCCCAAGCUGCCUCAGAACCUCAUCAUCCCCUUCCUCGGUCAAAUGUUCGAGAAGCUGCCCCCCUUCCUCUCCAAGAUCGAACCCCCGAAGCUGCAGCAACUCAUCAAGGACCCGCCCGCUGACGCCGUGCCGCUGCGCAUCCUUAUCGAUCUUCUCGGCAUUCAGCAGCUCCUGCAGCAGAUCACCGUCCUCCAGCUGCUUCACCUCACCAACAACACAAUCCCCCCUGGAUCGCAAGAGAGCCAGGAGGCGUUCUUGAAGAAGGUGCAAGAGGUGUUCCAGUCGUGGUCCUUCGACACCAUGAAGCGCUAUCACUCGAUCCUGUCGGAGACGCCACUUCACCUCGAGCGCCAGCAGCUUCUUCAGCUGGAGCCGGGCCUGCCCUGGGAGAUCCUCCACCUCCUGAUCGAGCUGCUCAAGCUGCCGGUCGAUGAGCUCUUCUCGCUGCAAAACUGGCUCUCCAAGCUCUCGCCUCAGCAAACGCGUGUCCUCAUCCAGCUUCUCCAGAUCGAAUCCUCCACCCUCCUCGAGAUCAAGCGUCGCAUCGCCUCUGCUACGCAUGCCCUCUCCUCAUCAGCGGCUGGCCUCACGACAUCUACGUCGGCCAAGACCACCACUGCCCCUACUCCCUCCUACGUUCCUCCUCCAUCUGGCCCUACUACUCCUCUACCCUCGACUCCCGGCUCUUCAUCUAUCCCCUCCACUCCUUCCACCUCCUCUGCUGUCAAGCGCGGCCGAAAGCGACCGGCCGACGACGAAUUGCAGGCCAUUCAGGACGAAUUGGAUCUCAUAGGUGAUGGCCACGGCUACGCGAUGGACGUGGCAGCCCCCACGAGUCCGCUCUCGAUGAGCUCGAUCGGGAUGGACACUGGCCCCACCACAACCGCUACAGGAGAAUCUGAUGCGCGGCAGCCACCAUCGAAAACAGUGUACCAGCGCAUCCUCAAGCCUUUCCCGACGGUGAUGCUGCUUUCGGGCCAGGACAACGACUCGAAUCUAUUUGUGGAGGCUACCCUGCUGCGAAGCGACAACGAGACGCCAUUGCCGCAGUGCGUGGACGGGAAUCGGAUCGUCAGAAUCACGAACGGUGUGUUCGCCGCGUUCAAGAAGCUCAAGAUCCUCUCAACGUCGCAGCAGCAGGGAACGCUCUUCCGGCUACGAUUCACGCUCAAGAAGUAUGCCGGUGCUCAGGCGGCGUUUGAGGACAUUCCCGGCUGCACCGUGAUCUCAAACCCCAUCGAGGUCUUCUCUCACACGCAAUACCUCAACGAAAAGCAAGAGAGUCCUCCGCCGCCGGUGGUGAUGGAGGUCCUACCCUCGGCGGGUCCUGUACAUGGCGGAACACGGAUUGUAAUUUUGGGAAGCAACUUCAUCAAUUCAUCGAACCUGAAGGUGAGAUUUGGCGACAUGGUAGUGCCAGCCACCUUCCACGAAGCGGGAACGCUUAUAUGCGUCACGCCUUCUCGCGGUAGAGGUGUUGCGCUUGUGAGCGUUACAAACGACGGAGUCAACUUCUGUGAAACGCAGACGCAGUUCACGUUUGAGUAA